AUGACCGAUCCAUUGAAGACGUUCGACACUGCGGGCCACCCCAAGCCAACGGCGGUGUCCCAGAAGGUCUAUGCGAUUGCCGGCAUUCAAGUCACGGUUUUUGGACUCGAAGAGCUCCGGUCGCAGACAACGGAGGUUGCCUGUCUAUGGCUCCUUCAUCCUCGAUUGGCGACCCAGGAACGCAUGACUGGCAUUGCAACAUCUGCCAUUACCGAUUGGAAUGGCAAAGUCCAGAAUACUCCCUCUGCCAAGGGCUUGAUUGCUGUUUCCUUUGACCAGCGAAAUCAUGGGACCAGACUCGUUGACCCAUUGGCGAACGAGGCUUGGAGACAAGGAAACCCGCGUCAUGCGCAGGAUAUGUUCUCUAUUUUCCAGGGCACCGCGCGAGACACUUCUCUCCUGAUGGAUUACCUUGCAUCGUUUAUUUUCCCCAAUGGUGAACAUCAGAUCUCGGAAAACCUGGUUCUAGGUGUUUCUCUCGGCGGGCAUGCCGCGUGGAGCUGUCUGUUGCAUGAGCCGCGCAUUAGCGCUGGAGUGGUCAUCAUCGGCUGCCCGGACUAUAUCAAUCUGAUGGCUGACCGUGCACGACUGUCCAAACUUCCAUCAUGGACAAAGAGCAACCCCCCUGGAUCUGAGAUCCUGGGCUCCGAGGCCUUUCCAACCACGUUUUUGGAUAUUGUCAAGCAGUAUGACCCUGCAAGCCUUCUUCUCAGCUAUGUGGAUUGCGGCUCCUCGUCUAGUCCCUUGCGCCAGGGGCCGUUGCCUGCUCCCACAGAACAGGAACAGGAUGUGCUCCGGCCCCUUUUGACGCGUUGCUUGGCUGGCAAACGCAUUCUGAACCUGUCGGGUGGAGUCGACAAGCUCGUUCCGUAUCACCGGGGCGAGGGUUUCCUAGCAUGGUUCAAGCAAGCCAUCUCACCCACUGGCUGGUUCGGGGACGGUGGAGUAAGCUUUGAAGACAUUAUUGACGAGAGCGCGGGCCAUGAAGUGACCGCCAAGAUGGUCGACGAGGCCGUUCGUUUCAUCAGUGAGACGCUGGCGACAAGCGCCGAGGGUGUUAGUGGCAGAGGAUCCGUGCGGGAGUCAAAGAUUUAA